CCCAAACUCAUGGUGUCGAGCGAGCACGUAUCCCUUCAAAAUAUUUAAAAACGGAAGGUGUCAUAAGCAUGAACAGUGUGAUGCCUGCGUGUCUGGUGUGAUAUUUAUUGCUUCUAUUAUUUGGAACAGACCACACAGAACGAGAGAAAAGUAGAAAGAGAAGUCGAGAAUCAACAACAAUGGCGACACUUAAGGUACCAUCAACCGUCCCUUCUCCUUCCGAGGACUGUGAGCAACUCCGGAAAGCAUUUGCAGGUUGGGGAACAAACGAGGCAUUGAUCAUUGAGAUUCUAGCUCAUAGAAAUGGAGCUCAACGCAAAAAGAUUCAAGAAACAUAUUUUGAAACAUAUGGCGAACAUCUCCUCAAAGAUUUGGACUCUGAGCUUUCAAGCGAUUUUCAAAGAGUGGUGUUGUUGUGGACAUUGGAUCCAGCUCAGCGCGAUGCUUAUUUGGCAAAUGAAGCAACAAAGAAACUAACCGCCAGCAAUUGGGUUCUGAUGGAAAUUGCUUGCACUAGAUCUUCACAUCAUCUGCUUGCUGUGAGGAAUGCAUAUCAUGCUAAAUACAAGAAAUCAAUUGAAGAAGAUGUUGCACAUCACACAUCUGGCGAUUUCCGAAAGCUUUUAGUUCCGCUUGUGAGUGCUUUUCGAUACGAGGGAGAUGAGGUGAACAUGACUCUAGCUAAAUCGGAGGCUAAAAUUGUCCAUCAAAAGAUAUGCGACAAAGCUUACACUGACGAUGAGCUGAUCAGGAUUCUCACAACAAGGAGUAAAGCUCAACUCAACGCAACAUGUAACCAGUACAACAAUCAAUUCGGCAACGCCAUAACCAAGGACUUAAAAGCAGAUCCUGAAGACGAAUAUCUAAAAUUUCUAAGGUCAACAAUCAAAUGUUUGACCGUUCCUGAAAAGUAUUACGAAAAGGUUCUCCGUCUGGCAAUCAACAAACUUGGGACAGACGAAUUGGCUCUCACGCGCGUUGUCGUCACACGCGCUGAAGUUGAUUUACAGCGUAUCGCUGAGGAAUACCAAAGAAGGAACAGUGUCCCUUUGGAUCGUGCAAUUGCUGGAGACACAUCUGGGGACUAUAAAAAAAUGCUUCUUGCUUUGAUGGGUCAUGGUGAUGCUUGAGGAAAAUUAUUACCCCAAUCAAUGAUAUGAUUAAUGUUUUUGUACUACUAAAUCUUGUUUCGGUUUAAACUUGUUUGAAUAUUUUGCUACUAUUUUAUGUAUGUGAGUUGUUUUAAUAAGGUAAUGUUUUAUCAUUAGAAA